AUGACAGAGAGAAGAGAACAGCUUCGUGAUCACAUCGAGAGACUUGCUAUUGCAUAUGGGUUGAUAUCGGUGAAUGGCAAUGCUCGUUCACCUAUAAAGGUAUUCAAGAAUCUCAGAGCAUGUCCAGAUUGCCAUGAGUUUGCAAAGCAUGUGUCUUUGGUUACAGGACAUGAAAUCAUUAUCCGAGAUUCUAGAAGGUUUCACCAUUUCAAGGAGUGGAAGUGCUCAUGCAACGAUUACUAG